AUCAGAUAAUAAAAUGGUUACAUAUCUCUCACAUGAGUCAGCAUAAGGUAUUAAUCACCAUUAGGAUGGAUUCAGACUGUGUUAGAGCUACACUAGUGAACAGCCUUACCAACAUAGAAGACUUAAAACCUGCUGCGGUUUUUCCUGAAGAAGGUGCCACUUUGACUUGCCAGAAAGUUUUAAACUGUCUGGAAAAAUAUUCCUGUUUGGUAGUCUAUAGUCAUCACAUUGGAGCAGAUUUUCCUUGGGUUCAGUUCUCUUUGGUGGUAGAGUAUGAUUACAUGGAGAACUCGAGUUGGGCUGAGCUCUGCAAGCAACAGAAUGUAAAUCACAUCAUCUUUCAAACCAUAGUACCAGAAGGUCCAGAAAUAGGAAAUAUGUCAGCCAUUCAGUCUGAGUUCCCAUUGAUGGAGCUUCCCAUUCCUUAUACAUUCCUGAUGUCUGAAGGCUUGUUGAACUCUCCAACCAUGCUCCAAAUUCUAGAGUCAAGGUACAAUAUAACUCUCUUAGAGAGAACCAGUGAUGAAAUGUUACACUUAUUUGGAGGAACAGAUCACUAUGCUGUUAUAACAGUGGAUGAAUGUACAGCUAUAAUAUUGCAAGAUAUUGAAGAGUUGGCUACCGAAAAAGCCUCAGAUUUUAUUAUUCAAAGACUAACAACACUGGCACUGCAGUACAGCUGUUGCUGGCUCGUUUUCUAUCCAAAACAAAGCCUAAAGUUACAGUACUGUUUGAAUGGGAAGGUUUUUCAUAAUCUUACCUUGAUCUAUGCAGCAUUGGUGCUAUUCAUGUUGAAAUCUGAGGAAACUGAAAUGAAGGUUGUAAUUGCACCAGGAAUUACAGAGACAACCCAGGUGGUUCGCCAAAUAGCAGACUUCACAUUGACUUCAAGCAACCGGGAUCCAUUCAUGUGGCUUGACAGAUCAUGGCUUUCCACUGUUCCAACUGAGGAUGAGAAGCAGCUACUUAAUUUCCCUAGUUUAAAUUCACUUGUGGCACAAUUAAUGUUGAGAAGAGCUCCAUCAAUGUUGUGGCUGUUGUCAGCAUCUUUAAAUGAAUUGCAGGAAGUCCUUCCCGAGGUGCCAGGAAAAGUUCUGAAGCUUUUCAGUGAGAUUACUGCAUUACACCAGCUUGGUUCAUCCCAGGAAUCAAGAAAACCACAAGAAGAACUGUCUUCUGAACAAAACAUGUUAUCCUCUACCUCUUCCACAUCUGAAAUGGCUGGCCAUCAGUUUUACCCAGACAAUGAAAUGGUGAAGAGUAUCCACUCUACCAAAGACAGACCUAAAGAAUUAGAGGGUCUUAAGAUGAAUAAUAAUCAUGGACUAAGGGAUCUGUGGGAAUCUGAUAGCAUUUCCUUCGAUGUGCAAUCUCAGAACUUAUGUCCAGUUUUCAAAGCCAGGACAGCCACCCUUUCACCAUGCUACUGGUUGAAUAAUUGCAAGCAGUCAGAAAGGAGGGAAAUGGCAGUAAACCAGGUGAACGAGCAAGAUGGUCUACAUCAUUGUUUUGAAAGUUUGGGAUAUAAUGAUGAAGCAGAACAUUCAAACAGUACAAGCUCUGGGAACAUUCUUCCAGUUGCAAACUCUCACCAGUUAGGCCCACUGAACAAUAAAUUAUUUAAUCCACUGGGUCAUUUAUUAUUGAAGAAUAGCUCAGAUCUUAGGGAUACCGACAUUUAUUUUGGAAAGGCUGAAGUACCUCCAGUGGGUCAUUUUUACAUGGGAGGGCACACACAAACUACAGAAAACAAGUUUGAGAAACAACCAAAAGAUGCAAUCAGUGUAAAAGCAAGCAGUAAUUCACAGUACGGCUUCCUUUCUCAGCAAGAUAUGGGUGUUCUUCACCAUAAGUUGAGUGGCAAGUCUAGUAACUUUGUAACAAUGCAGAAGGAAUUGAUUGAGACACAUCAUCCAAUGAACUCUAAUCAAGUUUUCCCAUUCUUACUGAGAAAACAUUUGGAUGAUUCAUUUUACCCAUUCAAUGAACCUUUCUGUCACCAGAACAGAGCUAAAGGGACUAAUCAUGAACAGCUGCUGAGUGUUAGACCUAAAUUUACAGAUUAUGAUUCACUUAAUGUUGACAAACCUGACAUUUGUAACAAUGUUUACUUUCACCGUAAAGCAACUGACUUUUGCAAUGACAUUGUGGAAGAACAGACCUUCAAUCAAGAAUCUGUUAGAAGAAAAGGACAGAAAAGACAGUAUGCAACAACAAUCAUGAAAGAGUGGACAAGGUCUCCUUCUAAUAGCAUGGAGGAACCUUUUUCAGAUACUGAAGUAUUUUAUACACAUUCAGCAAAUUCACCAGAACCUAAGUACAGAAUUUUACCAGAAAUGAAGAAAAGAAGACUAGCAUAUGAAAAGGUUCCUGGAAGAAUUGAUGGGCAGACUCGCCUCAUAUUCUUUUAGAGCAAUUUUUGAAAACUUCAGAUUUUAUUCAAGAUUAGUUUAAAUUUGAUGGUUAUGCAAUGUAAAGUUGAGAUUUAACCAACAUAAUGUAU